AUGGAGUCAAGUUCUGCGAAACCGCAGGCCGAUCCUUACAAAAAUCUAUGUGAAGAUGUUAAAACCUUUAUCACGUCUUUUUAUCAGCACAUAAAGACGAAUAAUUUGGUAGAGAUAGAGAAUGACUACGCAGUCAAAUUUCCGAAACUUACGGACCAGUAUUUCAAAAGUACUCGUUGGCCUUCGGUGGAUAUCAUCGCCCCUCUUGUGAACAAAGACCCCUGGUUCAUGAUGCUCUACAACGAGUUGUAUUACAGACACCUGUAUGCACAUGUGUCUUCAUUCCCUGACUUCGAGGAGGCUCAUCAGUCGUAUGUGAACUAUUGCGCCUUCUUUGAAGCCCUAAUAAAACCGAAAAAACCGGUCAUUUUGGAGCUCCCAAAUCAAUGGCUCUGGGAUAUCAUUGAUGAAUUCAUCUAUCAGUUCCAAAAGUUCUCGAUUUCGCGGACGAAAUCCAAAAAGAAACCGGAGGACGAAGCAUUUUUGCGUCAAAACCCACGAACCUGGUCUAUUCAUGGCAUACUCAACAUCUUAUUUCAGCUUGUAGAGAAGUCAAAUAUUAACGCGCAAUUGAAUUGCUAUGCUGCGCAACGUACGUUAUUGUAUUGCCGCUUUUUGUGUGAUCCCUUUGAUACGCACACGUUUCUUCUAAGUUUUACUCCCGAGAAAACCAUUUACGCCAUAUUAUUCUUACUUCAUACAUCUUUCAACUGCGUCGACCUGACCCUGUUUCCAUUCUGGCCGUCCGAUGAAGUUACCUUAUUGACACAAACAACAGCCCCCUUAAAAGCUUCCGCAAUCGGAACCAUUUAUCCAGACUAA